UAUGACUACACGGUGAGUCUGGGAGACCAAAGGUGCCACGCUGUGGUGAAGAAGAAGAAGGGCUAAAUCGAGCCGGAAGUUUCUUUGUGCCCUGCUCCCGGAGAUGCGGAAAGACUGGGCUCGACGGAUGAGCGAACUGCUGGCCCCUUCGGGAGUCUUGGUUUGCCUGGAGUUCCCCCUAUACAAAGAUCUCAGCCUUCCCGGGCCGCCUUGGGGCUUGAGAGAGGGGAUCUACUGGAACGUCUUGGCAGCAGGCGGUGAUGGUAUGAUCCAGGAUGAGGCUGCCGCUCGGAACGCAACGCAUGAAAAUUCGGGACGUGGUGCAUUCAAGCGGCUCGCAUAUAUCAAGCCUGAGCGGACGUAUGAGGUUGGCAAAGGAACCGAUAUGUUGAGUAUUUGGGGGUUGAAGGAGCGAGCCUGCUGCACGUCAAGCCCCCACUUUGACGCCUGAUUUGACGCAAGGGGACAGGGAGCAGGCGAGUCCAGCUUGAGGGAACGGGGUAUGUAUAUAAUUAUAUUUGAUUGAGAGCAAUGAUAUCUAAUCAUGCCUCCAGACGCGGACCCUUGUCGUGUUUGGUGGCGGCUCGGGGAGA